AUGGGCGACGACGCCUACCUCGUGCAGCUAGACGGCCUGCACCUGCUGCACUGUCUGAACUCGAUGCAGCAGAGCCUGCACCACAACCUCGCCUAUUAUUAUAGGGAUUGGCAGCCGCCGGCGUACGCGGCGCACCUAUCGCACUGCCAGGAGGCGCUGGCGCGGUGGCUGAUGUGCCGCCCGAGUAUGGACCUGAUUAAGUUCGACUGGGUGGAGGAUCACUCGCGGCCGUUCCUGGACUUUGAAAUCACGCGGAGAUGUAUGGACUUUGAGGCCUUGCUGGCCUGA